CUUCUAUCAGCUGAUUUUUCCUUCCUAAUCUCUGCUGCACGUGUCUCCUUUCAUAAUGUAGUGUAUCGCGCGAAUCUCUCAAUGAUCAUGAACGUUACGCUACUUUGUAGCGUACAAUUUUUGUUCUAAUAUUUUUCUUAUUAUAUUUUUUAAAGAAGUAUUCGUGGUUUGUAAAUAAAUACUGUCUCAAUCCUUUAAAAAGUUACAAUUAAUACAUACAGUAUUCAGUAUGUCAACGUCAGUCUCGUUACCACAAAAGAAAUAUUAUAGACAACGUGCUCAUUCCAAUCCUAUCGCGGAUCAUUGCAUAGAAUAUCCUAUAAAACCAGAUUUAAUGGAUUGGAGCACAUUUUUUCCUCGAUAUUUCUCUAACGAAGAAGAUGAUGAAAGAAACAAGGAUACUGUUCAAAAGCGUGUAGAAUUUGCUGAUAUUGGAUGUGGUUAUGGAGGUCUUCUUGUUACUUUAUCGCCAAUGUUCCCAAAUAAUUUAAUACUUGGUAUGGAAAUCAGAGUAAAAGUAUCGGAUUAUGUAACGGAUCGCAUAACUGCAUUACGAUCUCAAAAUCCAGGGCAAUAUGAAAAUAUAGCUUGUUUAAGGACUAAUGCUAUGAAAUAUUUACCUAACUACUUUUACAAAGGACAGCUAAAGAAGAUGUUUUUUCUAUAUCCAGACCCACAUUUUAAAAGAUCAAAACAUAAAUGGAGAAUAAUAAACAAAACUCUUCUAGCUGAAUAUGCAUAUGUGCUUGCUGAAGAUGCUAUCAUAUAUACAGUAACUGAUGUAAAAGAUUUACACGAAUGGAUGGUACAUCAUUUCGAAGAACAUCCAUUAUUUGAAAAUAUACCUGAAGAAGAAUGGGUGGAUAUAUAAUAGAAGGUUGGCUACUUAUAAAUAAUUCUGUUUUUUUAUCGCCAAAAGUGAUAGAAAGAUAUGCCUGAGUAAAUUUUAUAUUUAUUUAAAAAUAACAACCCUUUUAAACAACAAUAUUGAAAAAGUCAUAUCUUGAUACCUGAAUCGCUCUAAAUUGUUUAAAAUGAUAUUUCAAAAUAAGAGGUGUAAGAGAUUGCGGCUCUGCAAUACCAUCUGGAUUCAAACAUGAAAGUAUUUCUGAAUGAUAGAUUUGAUUUAUUUUAUGUAGAUUAGUAAUAUCCACAGUAUAUGGUAAAUAGUUAUUUGUAUAAUUAUAAAUCCAACAUAUCUAAAAGUCAAUAUUAAUUUAAAAUAUAUAUAAGAAAGUAAAAUAAUAUUUAGAAAAUCUCUUAAUAAUUAACCUGAUGUUGAGCUUUCUUAUCGCCAAAAUAAGAGUCCAAUUUUACAGUUUGUGGAUAAAGUAAAAGUUCUUUUUCAGAUCCAGAUAAAGCUUCAACUUGCAUAUACAAAAAAAUAUGGCGUUCAUGGCCAAUAUUUAAAUCCCAUUUUACUCUAGUUUUUCCCAAUAAUAAAUAACGUAAUUCUAUGUUAAUGACAAUUUUUUCUUUUGGCUUUGGGAGAGAAAAAAAAUUUAAUUAUAUUAGUUUAUAUGGAAGAAGUAUAAUUGAUCAUUUUGUUUACCUUUAUAAAUCCUGAUUGUGGAUAAAUAGAACAUACUUUCUUGUGAACACAAUCUAAUUCCAUAUAUCGAAAUGAAAGACCUCGCGAUUUACUUAUUGUUUUGCAAAAGCAUAAUUGCAUUCUUUUAAUAUUCCAUGUAGUAUUCACUGAUGUUGGAUUAGAUAUACAUAAUUUUAUACAUAUAGGAUUUUCAUGUAGUAUCAUUGGUGGGAAAAAUAUAUAUUGUGAUUCCUUCUCAUAUGGCAAUAUAUUUUUCAAAGUAAUAUUCAAUCUAUAUAAAGAAACGUAAGGUAACAUAAAAUCUCUUCUUUUAUAUAAUGUCUAAAUAUAAAUAUAUAAACUUAAUGCAAUA